UGAGUUUAUGUUGUCCCCAACUCAAAGCAAUCACCGAAUGAAGCUACUUGUAGUUGUACCACCACCAUGAGUGAGACUAACCCCAAAAACCAUUACCCUGUUCCACCACCUUCUUCUUCUUCUUCUUCGAGUGGGGUUCCCAGUGAUAAUGGACCAAGCAAAUUUAGAGGCGAGAAGAGGCAUAUAAACCCACCAGAAACAGAGAUUCCUGAUGCUGCAACUCUGAGAGAGCAAUGGAGGUAUGCCACCAGACAGUACGGUAAAUGGUACUCUCACGCUUGGGGCACUGCCAUUCUUGCUGGUGCUGCCUUCUUUGCCCUUGGUUGGGUCAUCAAGGGAGAGAAUCCCUUACCCUCGUUUCACUCCAACGAUCCUUCACCUCCCUCUUCCUCUCAUGAGAAGAAGAAACCUAGCCCAUGAUCAUCCCUAUCAAACCCUUCUUUUCUGUGCCAUUGACAAGAAUCAAGCCACAUAAGAGCUGCUUUUCGUUAACAGUGCCCUGAAAGCUCUCCUUGCUUGCAAUGCUCUAUUGAAGUUUAAUGUUUAUAAUCGAGUCUCGUGACAUAAUUGUUAUUUUGCUUUUCUUAAAUUAGUUCUUGUCACUGUUUUGAUGUGGAUGUAAGACAAAAGUUUUGUAUAUGCAAAUGCUUCACCCCAA